UCCGGAUCUCUCUUUUGCUUCCCCGUCCCACCAUCACGCUGCUUCCCUUCCCCCCUCCCGCUCCCUUUUCCCGUUGGUUUCUCUCUUUCGCCUCGGGGCCAACCCCUUAGUCGUGAGUCUGGGGUCUGCUUGGUGAAAAACCGUUUGUAUCUUGGGAGGUGUGGAGAGUACUGUUAAUUACGGAAUUUAGAAACCAAAAGCUUGUGUGAGAUGUUCUGUUUGUGAGAAGACGUUGGCCGAGCGUGAGAAGAAAGUCUUCGCUGAGAGGCAAGCGAAGCGGGAUUGAGCAAGGUUACGGUUGGGUUGGACGCGCCCCUAACACGGGCGGCUCGGAGGACAAAACCAUGUCUUCCCUCCCCGGGUGCAUUGGUUUGAAUGCAGCAACAGCUACAGGGGAAUCUGAAGAGAUUGCAGAGCUGCAACAGGCAGUGGUUGAAGAGCUAGGUAUUUCUAUGGAGGAACUUCGACAGUUCAUUGAUGAAGAGCUGGAAAAGAUGGAUUGCGUAAAACAACGCAAGAAGCAAUUAGCAGAGUUGGAGACAUGGGUGAUACAGAAAGAAUCUGAAGUGGCUCAUGUUGACCAGCUCUUUGAUGAUGCAUCCAGGGCAGUGACUAAUUGUGAAUCUUUGGUGAAGGACUUCUAUUCCAACCUGGGAUUACAGUACCGGGACAGUAGCUCUGAGGAUGAAGCAUCUCAGCCUACAGAAAUAAUUGAGAUUCCUGAUGAAGAUGAUGAUGUGCUCAGUAUUGAUUCAGGUGAUGCUGGGAGCAGAACUCCCAAAGACCAGAAGCUCCGUGAAGCUAUGGCUGCCUUAAGAAAAUCAGCUCAAGAUGUCCAGAAGUUCAUGGAUGCUGUGAAUAAGAAGACCAAUUGUCAGGAUCUUCAUAAAGGAACCUUCAGUCACAUGUCUGGAGAACUGAGCAAAGAUGGUGACCUGAUAGUCAGCAUGCGGAUUCUGGGCAAGAAGAGAACGAAGACAUGGCACAAAGGCACCCUUAUCGCCAUCCAGACAGUGGGGUCAGGAAAGAAAUACAAGGUGAAAUUUGACAACAAAGGAAAGAGUCUGCUGUCUGGGAACCAUAUUGCCUAUGAUUACCACCCUCCUGUUGACAACCUGUAUGUGGGCAGUCGAGUGGUAGCCAAAUACAAAGAUGGGAAUCAGGUCUGGCUUUAUGCUGGCAUUGUAGCUGAGACUCCAAACGUCAAAAACAAGCUCAGAUUUCUCAUUUUCUUUGAUGAUGGCUAUGCUUCCUACGUCACACAGUCAGAAUUAUAUCCCAUUUGCCGGCCAUUGCAAAAGACUUGGGAGGACAUAGAGGACACCUCCUGCCGAGACUUUAUAGAGGAGUACAUCACUGCCUAUCCCAACCGCCCUAUGGUGCUUCUAAAGAGUGGCCAGCUUAUCAAGACCGAGUGGGAAGGCACCUGGUGGAAGUCCCGAGUUGAGGAGGUGGAUGGCAGCCUUGUCAGAAUCCUUUUCCUGGAUGAUAAAAGAUGUGAAUGGAUCUAUCGAGGCUCUACACGGCUAGAGCCCAUGUUUAGCAUGAAGACAUCCUCAGCCUCUACACUGGAGAAGAAGCAAGGGGGACAGCUCAGGACACGUCCAAAUAUGGGUGCUGUGAGGAGCAAAGGCCCUGUUGUCCAGUAUACCCAGGAUCUAACAAGCACUGGAACCCAAUAUAAGCCAGUGGAGCCCCCACAACCUACAGCUCCACCUGCUCCACCUGCCCCACCUGUGUCCCCCCAAGCAGGUGAAAAUGAAAGUUUAGAAAGCCAGCUUGCUCAGUCACGGAAGCAGGUAGCCAAAAAGAGCACAUCCUUCAGACCAGGAUCUGUGGGCUCUGGUCAUUCUUCCCCUACAUCCCCUGCACUCAAUGAAAAUAUCUCUGGUGGGAAACCUGGGAUCAACCAGACAUUCAGAUCACCUUUAAGCUCAACAACCUCUACCCCCGCACCAGCUGCGCCCCCAGUUCCUCCAGCCCCGCCAGCCUUUCAUGGCAUGCUGGAACGGGCCCCAGCAGAGCCCUCCUACCGCGCCCCCAUGGAAAAGCUUUUCUACUUACCUCAUGUCUGCAGCUAUACUUGUCUGUCUCGGGUCAGACCUAUGAGGAAUGAGCAGUACCGAGGCAAAAACCCUCUGUUGGUUCCACUACUGUAUGACUUCCGACGGAUGACUGCCCGGCGCCGAGUUAACCGCAAAAUGGGCUUUCACGUUAUCUAUAAGACACCUUGUGGCCUCUGCCUUCGGACAAUGCAAGAGAUUGAACGCUACCUUUUUGAGACUGGAUGUGACUUCCUCUUCCUAGAGAUGUUCUGUCUGGAUCCAUACGUUCUAGUGGACCGAAAAUUUCAGCCCUAUAAGCCUUUUUACUAUAUUUUGGACAUCACCUAUGGGAAGGAAGAUGUUCCCCUGUCCUGUGUCAAUGAGAUUGACACAACCCCUCCACCCCAGGUGGCCUAUAGCAAGGAACGGAUUCCAGGCAAGGGUGUGUUCAUUAAUACAGGUCCGGAAUUUCUGGUUGGCUGUGACUGCAAGGAUGGGUGUCGGGACAAAUCCAAGUGUGCCUGCCACCAGUUAACUAUCCAAGCUACAGCCUGCACUCCAGGAGGCCAAAUCAACCCUAAUUCUGGCUACCAGUACAAGAGACUUGAAGAGUGUUUACCUACAGGGGUAUAUGAAUGUAACAAACGGUGCAAAUGUGACCCAAACAUGUGCACAAACCGGUUGGUGCAGCAUGGGCUACAGGUCCGGCUACAGCUAUUUAAGACCCAGAACAAAGGCUGGGGUAUCCGCUGCUUGGACGACAUUGCGAAAGGCUCUUUUGUGUGUAUUUAUGCAGGUAAAAUCCUGACCGAUGACUUUGCAGACAAGGAGGGCCUGGAAAUGGGUGAUGAGUACUUUGCAAAUUUGGACCAUAUUGAAAGCGUGGAGAACUUCAAGGAAGGAUAUGAGAGUGACGUUCCCUGUUCCUCUGACAGCAGUGGUGUGGACUUGAAAGACCAGGAAGAUGGCAAUAGUGGUACAGAGGAUGCUGAAGAGUCCAAUGAUGAUAGCUCAGAUGAUAAUUUCUGUAAGGAUGAAGAUUUCAGCACCAGCUCAGUGUGGCGCAGCUAUGCCACUCGGAGACAGACCCGGGGCCAAAAGGAGAAUGGACUGUCGGAGGUGGCUUCCAAAGAUUCUCGCCCCCCAGACCUUGGGCCACCACACAUUCCUCUUCCUCCCGCAAUCCCUGUAGGGGGCUGCAAUCCACCUUCCUCUGAAGAGACACCCAAGAACAAGGUGGCCUCCUGGUUGAGCUGCAAUAGUGUCAGCGAAGGUGGUUUUGCUGACUCUGACAGCCGCUCAUCCUUUAAGACAAGUGAGGGUGGUGAGGGCCGGGCUGCGGGAGGCCGAGGGGAGGCUGAGAAGACCUCUGCCUCAGGAUUGGGAAUCAAGGAUGAGGGCGACAGCAAGCAGGCUAAAAAAGAGGACCCUGAUGACGGAAACAAGAUGUCAGUUAUCACUGAAAGCUCUCGAAAUUAUGGUUACAAUCCUUCUCCAGUGAAGCCUGAAGGACUUCGACGCCCACCUAGUAAGACGAGCAUGCAUCAGAGCCGGCGACUCCUUGCCUCUGCACAGUCCAACCCUGAUGAUGUCCUGACACUGUCCAGCAGCACAGAAAGUGAGGGGGAAAGUGGGACCAGCCGGAAGCCCACUGCUGGUCAGACUUCAGCCACAGCAGUUGACAGUGAUGAUAUCCAAACCAUUUCCUCUGGCUCUGAAGGGGAUGACUUUGAGGACAAGAAGAACAUGUCUGGUCCAACGAAGCGUCAAGUAGCAGUGAAAUCAACCCGAGGCUUUGCUCUUAAAUCGACCCAUGGCAUUGCCAUUAAAUCGACCAACAUGGCCUCCGUGGACAAGGGGGAAAGCGCACCUGUCCGUAAAAACACACGUCAGUUUUAUGAUGGUGAAGAGUCCUGUUACAUCAUUGAUGCCAAGCUUGAAGGCAACCUGGGCCGCUAUCUCAAUCAUAGCUGCAGCCCCAACCUGUUUGUCCAGAAUGUCUUCGUGGAUACUCAUGAUCUUCGCUUCCCCUGGGUAGCCUUCUUUGCCAGCAAGAGAAUCCGGGCUGGGACAGAACUUACUUGGGACUAUAACUACGAGGUGGGCAGUGUGGAAGGCAAGGAGUUGCUGUGCUGCUGUGGGGCCAUCGAAUGCAGAGGUCGUCUUCUCUAGAGGACAGACUUCUUCCUCACCCUGGGAACCCUUCUGCAACUGUCCUGUCCUCAGGAAAUGGGUCUUCCCCACUGCUGAACUCUGACCCCAAGUUUCUGGUCUAGCUACUUCCCCUAGCUCCGGGUAGAUAGAAAUGGGAGUUCUAGAUCCAGAGAUCUCUUCCAAUGUGGUGCUAGCAGGCAGAGUACCUCCAUGGCUUCCUAAGGCACUGGGGUGGGAAGAGAGCGCCGCUCUCACCUAGGCCUGACAUUCUCCUGUCCCAUGUCUGUUCAAGUGUUCAUCAUAGACUUUACUUCUGGGCCAGGGGUAGGUAUCUGGUAUCCCUGGUUUGUGUUACUUCAUGAAAGUAUUUUAACGUGGUACAAGUAAGAUUGCUCUUUGAUUUCUCCCUCAGCCCCAUUUUUCAUACACUGAUCUUUUCAAUGAGAGGUUUGUUUCCCUUAUCCUCCCCAAUAGGCAGCUCUCAUUAAUCUUGUUUUUUCCUACUCAUUUUUUCUUGUCAUGUGAAUUUUAAAAAGAAAAUGUUAACUGCAGCAAAAGCAUAAGAAAGACUAUUUUAGUUUAUUUAGUUGAUCCCCUUUCUCAAUUCCUAAUAGUCUGACACCUGUUGACAUGUGUUAUUUAAUCUUUAAUAUAUUUUCAUUAAAAAAAACCUUUUAACAGUA